AUGGAUGGGGACGUGGCGGUUGCUGAGUUGUCGGAUGAGUCGAGUUUUUACGGUGAUGACAGCGACGACGAAGUCGGCCGGCUUGAAGAUCUCGUCGCGCGAUACAACCCUUAUGAGUACUGGGAACUUAUCUAUCCGUAUUCGCUGAACACUAUUCGCCGGAAGGCGUUGAAUGUAAAGAAAAGAGAAGAAGAAGAAGAGAAGAAAAAAAUGACGGAUACAAGUGUGCAAGAAGUUGAGAUCUAUCCACCACGGGGCAGAAUUCCUUCGCAUACCAACGACUCGGUGAAAGCGGAGGACGAAGACACAAACAUGAUGGAUAUCUCCUCGGAGUGCAAUGCGAAACGCACAUCCUCCCAAACGGCGACUGGGUUGACACCUUCAAAUACCCCCGCUGAUGCGGUGGGACCGUGGAUUUACGUCUCUGCACCCGGACAAAGGCUCCGCCAGGCUGAUACUGCCAGGCUGGUGACUGACGGGACAAGAGCGUUACACAGAUUCGAGAACGACAAAGCGGCGUUGCAGUUGCAGCGAGACAGGGCCGCGACGGGUUCGAAGCAAGCGGCAACGCGGGCGUUGCUCCUUCGACGGCAGGAACUGGAGAGAGAGCUUUUUGCCCUGGCGAGGCUGACGGGUGUCGUGUCGGGGAAGUGGAUGCUGUUCAUCACGGCAGACCGGGUGGAUGAGGUCUGGGCUGUGGUGGCUGAGGCAACUGCUCGUGGAGAGUUGGGCUUUGGGGCCAAGGUCGCCACGGAUGAUGGACAGGGAAGGGCGCGGCUGGUCGCCAUUUACACCCACGAUCAUGAAGAUCGGGAGGAUGUGGCGCGCGUGCUCAGACAGAUGGUGGAGUUGGGGCUGGUGAAAAGGGAAGAAAGCCCCAUAUAUUACAAAAUCGAUGCGUUCACCCAUCUAGAGAUUAUGGCGAACAAUCCCUGGGGAUUGAAAGCAAGUCGAUUUUCGAGUCGGGAUGUGUUGCGAGACGCGAGAUGA